GACAUAUUUGAAGUAGGCAGUUUGCCGUCACAUCCUGUGCUCAUAUCGUGCAUUUCCUCUAUCGUCUGCUGCUGUUCUGGUUAAGAAGGCCAAAUAGCGACAGCUCGCGAAUUCCAGGCGUGAUGUCGGCAACGUUACGUGUCCUGUAUUCAGUGUCCAGGCCAGGCACUUUCGCCCUCGGCCACAGUAUAGUACGUCCCAUUAGCCUCUCAGCUCAAAGGCAGGGAUUUAAGUAUGUCAAUGCUCAGGAGGUCGCCGAUGACAUGAAGUCAAUUACAGAUCGUGCAGCGCAGACUCUCCUGUGGACUGAGCUCUUCCGAGGUUUGGGUAUGACCAUGAGUUAUUUGUUCAGGGAGCCAGCUACGAUAAACUACCCUUUUGAGAAGGGCCCUUUGUCUCCCCGCUUCCGUGGUGAGCAUGCGUUGCGCAGGUACCCCUCAGGAGAGGAGCGCUGCAUUGCCUGCAAACUGUGUGAAGCCAUCUGUCCAGCACAGGCAAUCUCGAUUGAGGCGGAGCCCCGUGCUGACGGCAGCAGGAGGACAACACGCUAUGACAUUGACAUGACCAAAUGCAUCUACUGUGGCUUCUGUCAGGAGGCUUGCCCUGUGGACGCCAUUGUGGAGGGACCCAACUUUGAGUUCUCCACAGAAACUCAUGAAGAGCUGCUGUACAACAAAGAGAAACUGCUCAACAACGGAGACAAAUGGGAGGCUGAAAUUGCAGCCAACAUUCAGGCUGACUACCUCUACCGAUAAACAGACAAGCGUGUACAGACACAUGCAUAGACAGACACACACACACACUGAUUGAUUUGUCACACACUGACUGACUACAAAGGGACAUUGACUGACAGUGACUCCAACCUAUGUAGAUUCAUACAUGUACACACAUACUCUAUAAUGGACUCAGACUUUCCCUGUGACUUGGUUCUGCCACACUUUCUAACUGACUGACUGAUGUACAGUACAAACUCUUACGCAAACACUUCUCAUGGUCAUCUUACAGAGGUAAACCAACUGUGUCGGUCACCCACACCAUAACCUCACCCCAUGCAAACAUGCAGGUGAAAAAACAAAGUCUGUUUCGGUGAUGGCUAAAUUUCCUCUGAAUUCACGUGUCUUUCUUUCCUCCGUCAAUAACAUAUAUGGUCGACUUUUAUGCCUUUUGGUUGACAUUGGGUAGAUGUUACAUUUACUCCAAGGUGUGCUCUUAACACAGCAACUUGUUCUUCACACCAAGGCAGCCAACAUCCCUCAACCUUUUCCCAAUCACUAUUUAACCUACAACUGUAAGAAGGUAUCAGAGCUAUGUUCUCUAGUUAGCAUUACGUUUGAUUGCCUUCCUAAGAAAACAAUUAAAAAUGUAUGAGUUUGUCAUGACAAUUGUACAGAGAUGAAAUACUUGUGAACUCUAGGAAAUGGUAAUUAAAUUAAUGUUCUGUCCAAA